AUGUCCGUCGGAACCACAGCCAGUGAUAUGAUGAACGCUACAGUGCCAACCGUUUUUGAGAUCACAAGUGCCUUCAACCAGACAGGGAAUGAUACAGCUGCUGGAAAGACGAUGCUGGACUUGGACUGGUUGAACAAUGACUUAGAGAACCUUACCACCUCGUUCAACAGCACUGGUAACGAGACGAUUGAUGGCAGGACCAUGUUUUACUUCCCUGGAAUGACACACAACAUUCCGCCGAUGGACGAGGAGCACGCCACUAGCUUCAUGAUCAUUUUGAUCCUCAUCGUCUUCAUGGUGCUCUGCGCAGCAAUCUACAAGUUCUGGGUGCUCCCUAACCGGCGAACGCGCGCAACCGACACCGACACUGAGUCCAAAUUCCGACUCAUGGAAAACAACGAAAAUGGAGAAGAAAGCCCAAAUGCGUAUGAUGACGACCAAGAUCCUCUUUUGCCUAGACAGGCGAGCAGGAACAAAGAACUUUUUCAAAUUUCCGAGCGAGUCGAGCUGGGAAUGAUGGCGAAGAUGUUCUUCAAUCGUUACGGGAUCAUUCUCUUCUAUGCGUGUAUGGUGAUCUAUCUUUACGGGGAUUUGGCGAUUUACGCCGUAGCUGUGCCAAAGAAUGUCGUCUCGAUUCUCUGCAACAAUCUCACUUGCCGCCCGAACAUGACGCUCCCGGACAACAAUCUCAAUCUUCCCUGCACCCCUGGCUUUCAUUCGAAAUUUCUUGAGCGCUCGUCGCGUAGAACUGUUUAUCACAUGGUCCUAGGCGUUUUCAUUGGCAUCCUUGGACCGUUCGCUUUCUUCGACGUUUCGAAAACGAAACUUCUUCAACUGGUCACUUCCCUCGUCCGCUGGAUCUCGUUUCUUUCGAUGAUCAUUUUAGCAAUCAUGCGCAUCGCUAAUGGAAAUUCUGUGACUCCAGUCGUCGCGGACAUUUCUGCUGUACCAAAUUUAUUCGGCGUGGCAGUCUACUCAUUCAUGUGCCAGCACUCGCUUCCUGCUCUUUUGACGCCGAUUUCGAGAAAGUCCAAACUGACGAAAAUGCUCACGGGGGAUUUCUUACUUGUUCUUACUUUUUAUAUGCUUCUUUGCAUCACCGCUGCAUUCUGCUUCGACCACAAAACUAUCCAGGACUUGUAUACUUUGAACUUCCUUCUCGAUUGCCAAGUAUGCAGCAGCGAUUUUCUCCGCUACUUCCUCGCGCUGUUUCCAGUCCUCACUCUGUCUACAUCAUUCCCAAUCAUUACAGUCACGCUGAGGAAUAACCUUCGCUCACUCUUUGCCAUGGACGAUGAUCAGCGACUCGUGUGGAAGAUCUUCUUUCCCAUUUUAGCGAUGGGCCCGCCUAUCAUUCUUGCUUUUUUUACCGACAAUCUUGAAUCACUCGUUGGUAUAACUGGAAGUUACGCCGGCGCUGGAAUCCAGUACGUGAUACCCGUCGCCCUGGUUUAUUAUGCUCGAAAAAGCGUGGCUGCUUUGGAUCCACAGGCUAAAAACCCUCAUCGACUGAGGAUCAAUUCUAACUGGACUAUCAUUGUUGUUCUUAUCUGGACCGUAUUGGCGAUAAGCUUUGUAACAUACAACCACAUCGUUGAUUAA